CAGAUUGUUCAGAUACUUUCUUAAUACAAAUACCUCUUAAUCCAUUCCCUGAGAAAAAGAAAAAGAAAAAAAGAACGGAAAAAGUGAUUAUAUAUACUAGCUAGCUAUUUAUAUACUUAUUCUUCAAUGGCUACAAAGAUCAUGAUAUUAUCUGUUAUUUACUUGUACUUUAUAUAUUGUGUUGAUUCUUCUGAAGCAGACGUAUUGGAGUCGGAUGGUUUGAAGGGUGAUAUCAACUCCUGGUGUGAGACGACGCCUCAUCCAGAGCCGUGCAAGUAUUUCUUGAGCCAAGGGGAACAGUAUUUCAGACCGAAUAAUAGUGUUGAUUUUAGAAGGAUGUUGGUUCAAGUGGCUCUGGAAAAAGCUUUACAGGAGCAGAGUUGCACCGAGAAUCUUCAGAAUCAAUGUCACAGCAAAAGAAGAAAGUUGGCGUGGCUUGACUGCAGCACGUUAUUUCAGAACACAAUUUAUCAACUCAACCAAACAGUAGAAGCCCUAAAGACGAACACGAGUACUAGUUUUUUUGAUUCUGAUGCACAGACUUGGUUGAGUGCUGCACUAACAAAUAUUGAGAUUUGUCGAUCAGGUUCUGUGGAGCUAAACGUGACCCAAUUCAUAGCUCCCCUUGUCUCAAAUAAUGUCUCAGAGUUGAUUAGUAACAGUUUGGCAAUCAACGGAGCUCUUUCCAUAGACGACAGACAACAAGAAUCUGAUAAACACGAAGACUUCCCCAGUUGGGUAACCAAGAGAGACCGAAAGCUGCUGCAAAAGACAUCAUGGACUUCGAGAGCAAACGUUAUUGUUGCCAAAGACGGGUCGGGGAAGUUUAAGUCCAUUCAGUCAGCUAUUAACUAUGCAGCAAAAGUGAGGAAAGGAAAUGAUAGGUUCAUCAUAUAUGUGAAAAGAGGUGUUUACCGCGAAAAUAUCGUGAUAGGGCAUGCUUUGAGCAAGAUUAUGCUGGUUGGAGAGGGGCUCAGAUACACCAUAAUUACUGGGAGCCGAAGUGUAUUUGCAGGAUUCACAACUUACAGUUCUGCAACUGUAGGGAUCGACGGAGUUGGUUUUAUAGCUCGUGGCAUUACAUUCCGUAACACCGCGGGGCCAAAAAAAGGACAGGCAGUUGCACUAAGAACUUCAUCUGAUCUUUCUGUAUAUUAUGCCUGCUCUUUCGAGGGAUACCAAGACACUCUCUUCGUGCUAGCUCAACGACAAUUUUACAAAUCGUGUUACAUAUAUGGUACCAUAGACUUCAUUUUCGGGAAUGCAGCUGUGGUAUUCCAGAACUGCAAUAUCUACGUAAGAAGGCCGUUACAUGGCCAAGCAAAUGUCAUAACAGCUCAAGGUCGUGGUGAUCCCUACCAAAAUACCGGAAUUUCUAUUCAUAACUCACGAAUCAUGGCUGCACCGGAACUUAAACCGGUUCUGGACGAAUUUAAGACAUACCUAGGACGUCCGUGGCAGCAAUACUCACGAACAGUUGUGAUGAAUUCCUACCUCGACACCCUAGUACAUCCACAAGGAUGGUUAUCAUGGCUAGAGUCAGAAUUUGCCUGGGAUACUUUGUAUUACGGAGAAUAUAAGAAUUUCGGACCAGCCUCUGCAACUGAUAAUAGGGUCAAGUGGCCUGGGUACCAUAUUAUUACUAGUGCAGAUGAGGCUUCCAAAUUCACAGCCGCUAAACUUAUAUCCGGUCGGGCCUGGCUAUACUCAACAGGGGUUCCAUUUAUUCUAGGGCUAUGAUCAUAUCUAGAUUGUGUGCCGUAUAUUCUUAUGAUUGCUUUGAUUUAUUUGUUCAUUGAUUAUGUACAUUAUUGUUUACAUUGAUAACUGAAAUACGAAAAAUCAUAUUGAUUUUUUAUUA